AAAGCUUCCAUUCAGAUGUCACACCUCAGCCAGCAGAGAAUUUACAGUGGGGAAAACCCCUUUGCCUGUGAGGUAUGUGGGAAAGUCUUCAGCCACAAGUCAAACCUCACUGAGCAUGAGCAUUUUCACACGAGAGAGAAACCUUUUGAAUGUAAUGAGUGUGGAAAAGGCUUUAGCCAAAAGCAGUAUGUCAUUAAACAUCAGAACACCCAUACCAGCGAGAAGCUUUUCGAAUGUAAUGAAUGUGGAAAAUCCUUUAGUCAGAAGGAAAACCUCCUUACGCACCAGAAAAUUCACACUGGAGAAAAACCUUUUGAGUGUAAAGAUUGCGGGAAAGCUUUCAUUCAGAAGUCAAACCUCAUCAGACACCAGAGAACUCACACAGGAGAGAAGCCCUUUGUAUGUAAGGAGUGUGGAAAAACCUUCAGUGGCAAAUCCAACCUUACUGAGCAUGAGAAAAUCCAUAUUGGAGAGAAGCCUUUUAAAUGUAGUGAACGUGGAACAGCCUUUGGCCAGAAGAAGUACCUCAUAAAACAUCAGAACAUUCACACUGGAGAGAAACCCUAUGAAUGUAACGAAAGUGGAAAAGCCUUCUCUCAGCGAACAUCACUUAUUGUACAUGUGAGGAUUCAUUCAGGUGAUAAACCUUACAAAUGCAAUGUUUGUGGGAAAGCCUUCUCUCAGAGCUCAUCUCUCACUGUGCACGUGAGAAGCCAUGCAGGGGAGAAGCCCUAUGGUUGUAAUGAAUGUGGGAAAGCUUUCUCUCAGUUCUCAACCCUUGCUCUGCAUUUGAGAAUACACACAGGUAAGAAGCCUUAUCAGUGCAGUGAAUGUGGGAAAGCUUUCAGCCAGAAGUCACACCACAUUAGACACCAGAAAACUCAGGCUCACUAA